AUGCUUGACCCUUCUGGUGACUUCAACCAAGAAAAGCGUCUUAGAAAGAAGUUGCGUCGUCAACUGCAACAAGACCGCGAUAACGAGUGGACACAGUAUAGCGGCAAAAUGAAAAUUUGUUCCCCUGCCCUUAACACUGCCGAUGGAGUGGCUGUCGGUGAAGCAACACUUCCAACUUGGUGGAAUCACUUCAAGACUUUGCUGAACCGGCAAGCACCAUCUGUUCCUGAACUCGAUCCUGAAGCACGUUCAUAUGCCGACACAUGCGGUUGA